CGCAACAAGUGACGACGUCUGGAUACAAGGAUUAGGUGGUGACAGAAACAAGAAGUGCAAUCAUAGGGUUGCCCACCCGCAGAUAUUGAUUUGGAGGCAUCGCUAUGUCCACCCUGCUUGUGACCCUUGCCGUGUCUCUUCUAGUUGGUCUUCAACACGGCAACGGUUCUCCUACCCCUCCAGAUAUUCACCCCUUUGUUCCUUAUCCAGAAGCAGCCGGCCUAAGCACAGAUGUGGAACCAUCCUCCUCAGAAGCUGACCUUGACGAACUGGCGAACAUUUUGACAGAGUUGUUGAUCGAGGACCCUUGGGACGAGGUAGGCGAUCCUCUAGUGUACAUCAGUGGGGAGGAGGACACGGCGGAGAGAGAGGAGACGGGAAUACCCGUGCCGUGGAAGCGCUCCCGCUACUACCGGCGGUACCCUUGGAAACGACAGAACGGACGAAACUAUGACCCUGACGGAUACAUUUGCAACCCAUCCAAGGACGACGUAUUCCAACUACUGGUGGCCCUCCACGAAGCCAAGCACGGCAAGGAUCGUACCGUUCACUUCUGCAACAGGCGGAGGCCCGCGCGAGCAAUCUUCACCAACAUUCGGUUCCUGGGCCGCAGAAAGUAGAAGCGUGAAUGUGUGACUCAGUCGGACUCGAUGUGUGUUGUUAAAUGUUUCUGUUGAUGUUUGUCAAUAAAUAUCUGUUUCGGUGUUUCGCAUCUUCA